GGGGCCGGAAGUGGCGUCACGCCCCUCCCAGGGUGCUGUUGGCGGUUUGAAGUUGGUUGAAAAUGGCGGAGGAAACACGCUCGGAGCUCGAGAAACUGCAAGAUGAAGGACUAGAAGAGAAGGAAGAGAAAACUGUGAAAACUAAGACUGUUUCUUCCAGUAAUGAAGGCGAAAGUUCAUCUCGAAGUGCAGAGAAAAGAGCAGCUGACGAGAAAAAUCAAGAUGAUUCUGCUUCCGGGGAUGCAAACAACAAACCAACCCCUGCAAAAGUUUCCAAAAUUGGAUUUUCAAUAGGAAGUAUGACCGUAAAGAAACCAGCCCCAAUUUCCAUCAAAUUAGGAGCAAAUAAACCUAAAGAAAGUCCACCUGCUUUAGCUCCAAAGAAACCUUCAGUUGCAGCUGUAUUCAAUGAAGAUGAAGAUAGUGAACCAGAGGAAAUGCCUCCUGAAGCAAAAAUGCGCAUGAAGAAUAUGGGACGAGAAACACCAACGUCAGCAGGACCAAAUUCUUUCAACAAGGGAAAACAAGGAUUUUCUGACAACCAGAGGUUGUGGGAGCGGAAAAUGAAAAGUCAGCUGCGGAACUUUGGAGACGAGGACUAAAUGCUAUUAUUGAAAAUGCAGAAUUGUGAGCUGUGGGAAGUGGAAACGAAUUGUAGGGAUUGAGAUACAUUCUAGAUUGCUUUGAAAUGGAAACUAUUUUCAGUGAUGUGUAUAAUGUAUACUUAAAGACUUUCUCACUAUAACUUGUAAUGAGUGCAAUGUGUUUAGUAAACAGUAGGUGACCCCUUCAGAGAAAUUUCAUUCAGAAAUAUUCAACACAGAAGUUACAGUUAAGAUCUUUCACAUCUAGCAGCUAUAUUUGAUUAUUUUCAGUGUGCCACUGUGGUUAUUUCAUUUGGAGUCCUGUAAAGUAAUGUAUCUACAUAUCAGUUAAAAAUCGGAAAGGAAAGUUCAGUUAAAUUUCACUUCAUUGAAAAGUUCAUGGUCAUUAAUUGCGAAGCUCCUGAAAACUGUUUUACAUUUUAUAAUAGGAGAGUACUUUUGGUUUAAGCAAAUUUCAUGUUACUCAAAAAUUCAAAACCUGUUUGAAUUAUUUCAAGACUCAGAUUUCUAAGUAUCACACCUUUUUCCAGCAAACACAUGGUCUAGUGAGGCAUUCCUAGGUUGUAUAUGAGCUCAAAUGGGAAUAAUGUAACUUGCCAGGCAACUGUUCCCUGCUAGCAGUGCAGCACAGGCGAUCGGUAUGUAUGGAAUGGGAAGGACAAACUAUAUCCUUUAUCUUCAAUCCCAUUGAUAUUACAAUAUACUGAACUUGUUUAUUGCAGAUUAUUAUUAACAGAGUCAUGUUAACCUAACUUUCAAAAUUUGGCAUGAUACAUUAGUGUGUGGUAAGUAUCUUCACUUCUAUUCCCAAAAGACGUGUCCAAUAAAUAACAGUUGACAACAACUGUAGAAGUGCCGAUUUGUAAUGAAUUAGGAAGCUCAACCUGUAUUUAACUGAAGUGGUUCAAUCCACAGCUUCAUUGAAAUUCUUAUUGUCUUUUCUCAGGCUUUGCCAGUCUUGUAUUAGUUCUUCUGUACAGCCACGAUAAAUAAUAAAUUCUAAUCUGGGAUUUGUUACUCUUCCCAGUAAACCAAAUGGCAUUCUUCCAUUGAUAACUCAAACAUCAGAGGUUUGGAAGGCUCAUUUCUGUGCUCUUAAUCUUUCGCUGAAUCAAGUAAUUUAAUGCAUUUGUUUUUGGCUAUUCUUUAGUGUGUUUAACCCCCAUUUUAAAAUAAGCAUUCAUUUCUGUCUUUGGAUUGACUCUUUAAAAAUUAGAAUGGAAGGCCUUCCUGUAUCAGUUGUAGUGCAGUCUAUCUGUCGUAAGUUCUAUAUAAGAAUUUAUUCUAUUUUCUUCCACUUCCCAGCUCAAUAUUUUAAGUAGUAUAAAUCUGCUAGAGAUAUGAAGGUUAAGAAUAACAUCCUUGGAGAAUAAAUAAGAUCUCCAAAAAUGUUAUCUGUUUGCUAUUUGUAGUAAAAUUCUGAUAGAUUAUCUAGAAUUACAUUUGUUAGUUUGCUACAAAAAGUGAAGAACGAUUUCCCGUUUAAGCAUUUAUGAAUCAAGGGAAAGUGUAUUGUGAUGAUUCACAAUCCUGAAUGUGAUAUAAAAAAAAUUUGUACAUAGUGAUAUGGGUAGUAGUCAUUUUCCCAUGUCAGUAGACUGUGCUUUCAUGGUAUCGGGUUGACCAAGAGGAUAUCACCUGAUUGCAAUAUAAUGUUUGUUUUGAUUAGUCUGAAGGCCAUAACACAAUAAGAACAUCUGACAAUGCAACACCUAAAUAUAUAUUUAUCUCUCUUUGCAAAUCUGUACAUUACAGGCACUACAAACUGUCUCAUUACAUAAGAUUGAUAGGAUUGUGUAAGUAUAUUUAAAAUUGGGCAACCUAGUUCAUGCCAUAACGUUUUUUAAUAAAGCCAUUUUUAGUGAAAUGUACCUGAAAUUUCUGCUGUAAAUACUGCACUUAAUGUGAGGAAAAUUUUGUGGAAUUUAAGUUGAUACCAAGAUUGUGCAAAAUCAUUUUUGCUGAGAUAGUUGCUUCACUACAUUUUGAAAACAAGGAUUGCCAAGUUUUAGGAUAGUAAUUGUGGCAAUUAAUAACCUUUUCUCACCCAAUACAUAUAAAGGACUUAAUUUAAUUAUCAAAAUAUGGUGUCUCAAAAAGGUCUAUAUCUCUAUCUGCAUUCUUUCAGAGCUGGGUAUGUGCUUUUUGUAGACCAUUUGAGUGCAGUUUGUAGCCAGGAUAGCAUACAAUGGGGAUGAAUUAUCUUCAUAGCAUCUGGUAAGUCAGAAGCAGUUGCAUGAUAUGUGAAAUCCUACUAGUAGAAUGUGAUGAUGCCACCACUGAAGGAGUGGAAUUAGCAAAGCUUUAUGCUCAUUAAUGAGUGGCUUAUGCUGGCAUAUUUGACUACAUUGAUGUGACUUGAGGAAAAUAUUAGGCUUGCCAAUGAUUUACCCUCUUAUUGGUCAGCCUAUCAACAUUCACUGAAUUCACACAAAGAAUAUCCACUUGGGGAAUGUACCGGAGAAUUAGCAAUAACCACAUAUUUGAAUGAAAUCUUUUCUAGUCGUCCAUUGAAACUAGAGACAAAGUUGACUAAUAUUCUCUCUAAGAAAUUUGGCAUUUCUUAUUCUAAGAACCUUUCCAUACCCUUUGUCUUUACUUUAAAAUCACUCAAGUAAAAGUUUCAUAAGUUGUCUCAUACGUUAGUGUAAGAGAUAUAAUCUUCAGUGUGAUUAAUAAUGUGACUCUGGGAACAUCUUGUCAGCAAACUUGAGUAAUCAGCCUGAGAGGUAUAAAUUGGUACAAAAACAUUCAACAGAGGAUGCUGCAUUAGCCAUAUCAGUUUGAUUCAGUGGAUUACUAUUCAUGGACCCUACUGAGAAGUAUGUACAUGUGGAUGUCAGGUAAGGAAACAAUCAGAUUUGCUUUGAAAUACAUGACCAUUCAAUAGUAUGCUGAUGCUCACUGUCAACUCCCACAUGAAUAAUGACCACAGGGUACUGAAUUGUCGAAAAGAGGGAAGAAAAUUUGAUGAUAAAAGGGAAAUAACACUACAGGAAGAGCUUGUUUCUUACAAUUAAAGUUCUUUUUAACAAGUGAACUGUUCUGGAAGUAUCAAAGGUAGUGAAAACCUUCCUUUGCUUGUUUCGGUAAGAUGGGAUCAAUGACUUGUAAUUGGAUCACUCAAAAGCAUCAGAAACGUGUACGUUGUCAACAACAAUCCAAUUCAGCACUCUUGUGGAUAUAGAAACUUCUUGACUGCAAGCUUAAAAUAUUGGUUACAGUCUUCAUAGUGGAUUGCUUUACAGUGCUUGUUAUCAUUAUAAAGACAUCUCUUCAUAUGACUUAAGUGCUACAUCACAGACCUGAAUCUGAGAUUGGGCUGAGCACAAUUAUUUGAAUUUUGGUGGAAGUUCUGUUCGAGAAUCUUUUCAUAUUAAUAUUUCUGUGGGCUGUUUGAGUUGAUUCGCCUUGAUAGAUAAGUGUGCACAUGUUUCUAUGUCUUUCUCUUUCCCCAAAACAGGUAAUCGGUAAAUUGUUUGAAAAGGUUUUUACCCAGCGAGAGAAAAAAAAUUUCUUCAGUUUCUUGUAAUUCUCCAGGUUCCACCAAAUGCAGGAACUUAACAAAUCUGGAAAUCAUUCAACAUUGAAAAGCUAUAAUUGAAACUGUUAUGGCAGGAGUCCAUAUUGAAUGUUGACCUACAAAAUGCAAUUUGCUUUAAAAUGUAGUAAAUGCACAAGAUUAUUUGCAUUACUUAUGAGGUCAAAUUUGAGUGUUAUACUGAUACUAGGCAGAAUAUAUUUUACUUUGUAAGAGUUAAUGAAAAACUUCCAGCUCGGCGAACAGAACCACAACAGUUAAUGAAAUGGGAAUUGAAGUAGUGCCAAGUGAGCAGAUUGUUUUAAAUGUCUGUCCAUUGAAGAAUGACUUCAUAUGGUCAAACUUUAUUAAUAUAGUUGCCUUGACCUGCUCAUAAAUUUUCCUUUUUUUGCCUUGUCACUGAAACAGUGCAUGAUUUCGUAAUUACUGAGGUAGAUCUAUAGUAAUCUGUUUUAAAAUCCUCUGUUGCUGUGACCAGCAAUGGUAAAUCUACAGUCAAGGUUACCUUUUUAUUCUGUGGGAAUCAUGCCCCCUUUUGCAUGAUCAAAAUGAGUUCAUGACUUGAGUUGCAAGGAAUCUCAAUUGUAAAUGCAAACUAUAUGCAGGUUUUGAACAUUAAGACUGGGAGUAUUUUUGUAUGUUAUUGUUUUAUUUCAUCUUCUCUAAGAUUUGUGUUGUUUAUAAAGAAGCUUCUGGUUGUCUGUUUCAAUAUGAGGUUUUGUUAAGGAAAUGUGAUUUUUAAUUGUAUUGACAGUGUAAAAUUUUGCAAGUUGGGCAGGAAAAAUAAAAUGUUUCUGGGUUA